AGCGCGGGGCCCCAUGGAGGGGCUGCGGGCGCUGUGGCUGCUGGCGGCCGCGCUGGGGGCUGCGGGGGGACACCCGCAUCCCUGCCGCGGUCCGAGCCGGCCCGGCCCCGCCGUGCGUCUGGGAGCGCUGCUGCCCUCCGCCUCCUCCGGCCCCGUCCGCGCUGCUCUGUCCGCUGGGGGUCCCGGGGGGGGUCCCGGGGCGGUGCUGCCGUACAACCGCAGCCUGGAGGUGGUGGCGGGCCGUCCGGCGGCUCGGGAUCCGGCCUCGCUGUUGCGGUGGCUGUGCGGGGCUCUGCUGGGGCGAGGCGUGGCGGCGGUGCUGGCCGUGCCCCGAUCCCGCCGCGAGCUGCUCCAGAUCGACUUCUUCGCCGCGGCUUUGCGCGUUCCCUUCGUCAGCGUCGUCGGCAGCGGCCGCGCUCCGCCGUUCCGCUCUCAGAGCCCCUUCCACUUCCACAUGGACCGGCAGAGCUCGCUGGAGACGCUGGCAGAGGUGCUGGCAAGCAUCCUGCAGGCCCACGAGUGGCGCGAGGCCACGCUGGUGCUGUGCCGCCCCUGGGAUGUCACCGCCUUCCUCGACCGUGCACAGCUCUCCCUGCACACUGUGCUGGAUCUCCGUUGCCUGCACGAGCCCAGGGCUGAGCGGUGCCUCCGACAGCACCGGGAGCACCUGGGAUCCCUCUCCGGCCCCACGUUGGUGCUGGGCUGUGACCUGCGCCGCGCACGGCGGCUCUUCAGGGCGGCGGAGCGUGCGGGGCUGCGGGCGCAGGAGGUUUGCUGGGUGCUGGGCUCCCCGCUGCACGCCGCUGAGCUGCAGGGUGAGGGGCUGCCCGGGGGGCUGUUGGCCUUUGGGGAGGUGGGCGCUGCACCGCUGGAGGCCUUUGUGCAUGAUGCAGUGGAGUUGGUGAGCCGUGCCAUCAGCAGCGCCGCCGCUGUGCGCCCCGACCUCGCGCUCAACCCCCCCAUGAUGAACUGCAACGACCACAGCGGGGACAGCACUGAGUCCUCAGGGCGCUUCCUGACCCGGUUCCUAUCCAACACAUCUUUCCACGGGCAGACGGGGUUGGUGCGGGUGCAGGACGGGACGCGGGUGCAGACGGAGCAGCAGUACCGCGUGUGGAGCCUUCAGCGUGACCUGCAGGGACGGCCUGCCUGGGUGACAGUGGGCACGUGGCAGCACGGCAAGCUGCGGCUGGAGGAGGGCGCGUGGCAAAGCCACCUCCAACGCAAAGCACCCCCCGAGGGGAACGGCGGCACGCGUGUGCGGCUGCGGGUGGUGACGCUGGUGGAGCAUCCCUUCGUUUUCACACGAGAGGUGGAUGAGGAUGGGAGCUGCCCCGCUGGGCAGCUCUGCCUGGACCCCGGCACCAAUGACUCGGCCGUGCUGGAUGCGCUCUUUGAGGAGCUGAGCGCUGAGAACGGCUCUGUGCCACGGGAGUACAAGAAGUGCUGCUAUGGGUACUGCAUCGACCUGCUGGAGCGGCUGGCUGAGGACGUGCCCUUCGACUUUGAGCUCUACAUUGUGGGCGAUGGGAAAUAUGGCGCGUGGAAGAACGGGCGCUGGACGGGGUUGGUGGGGGACCUUCUUAGUGGCACAGCCCACAUGGCCGUCACCUCCUUCAGCAUCAACUCAGCGCGCAGCAAAGUCAUCGACUUCACCAGCCCCUUCUUCUCCACCAGCCUGGGCAUCCUGGUGAGGACCAAGGACACGGCGUCGCCCAUUGGGGCCUUCAUGUGGCCCCUGCACUGGACCACGUGGGUGGGCAUCUUCGUGGCCCUGCACAUGACCGCACUCUUCCUCACCCUUUACGAGUGGAAGAGCCCCUACGGAAUGACCCCCCACGGCCGCAACCGCAUGAAGAUCUUCUCCUACUCCUCAGCCCUCAACCUCUGCUACGCCAUCCUCUUUGGGCGCACCGUCUCCAGCAAGACGCCCAAGUGCUGCACCGGCCGUUUCCUCAUGAACCUCUGGGCCAUCUUCUGCCUCCUGGUGCUCUCCAGCUACACGGCCAACCUGGCGGCCGUCAUGGUGGGCGAGAAGACCUUCGAGGAGCUCUCGGGCAUCCACGACCCCAAGCUGCACCACCCCUCGCAGGGCUUCCGCUUUGGCACCGUAUGGGAGAGCAGUGCCGAGGAGUACAUCAAGAAGAGCUUCCCCGAAAUGCACGGGCACAUGUGGCGUUACAACGUCCCCACCACCCCCGCCGGUGUCACCAUGCUCAAGACAGAACCCCCCAAGCUCAAUGCCUUCAUCAUGGAUAAGUCCCUGCUGGACUACGAGGUGUCCAUCGACUCCGACUGCAAGCUGCUCACCGUGGGGAAGCCUUUUGCCAUUGAAGGCUACGGCAUCGGCCUCCCCCAGCACUCACCACUGACCUCCAAGCUGUCAGAGUUCAUCAGUCGCUACAAAUCGGCCGGUUUUAUGGAUCUGCUGCACGACAAGUGGUACCGCAUGGUGCCCUGCGGGAAGCGCGUCUUCGCCGUCACCGAGACCCUGCAGAUGGGGAUCUACCAUUUCUCCGGGCUGUUUGUGCUGCUGUGCAUCGGGCUGAGCGGAGCGCUGCUCACCUCGCUGGGGGAGCACGCCUUCUAUCGCCUCAUCCUGCCCCGCAUCCGCCGCCAGAAGCGGUUCAGCUACUGGCUGCACACCAGCCAGAAAAUCCACCGCGCUCUUAACAUGGGCACGGAAGAGCAGAGGAGGCAGAAGCUGAGCUUGGAGCAGAGGCAAAGCCCCCCCCAGCAGAACCCGGCACCCGAACGGAAGGAGGGGCGCAGGGUGCGCUUUCAGCUGGACACCACCGAGGGUCCCGCAGGGCCCCCCAGCAAUGGGUUGGUGCAGGGGGAGCGGGCAGGGGGCGAGAGCGAGCUGCAGGAGCUGGAGGAGAAGAUCGAGGCGAUGCGGGAGCAGCUGCGUGCGGCGCUGCUGAGGAAGAGCGAGUUGGUGGCAGCGCUGGGCACAACGAGGGGCCCAGGAGCAGAGCAAAGCCAGGAGGACAGGUGAGCACGAGGGGUUUUAAAGCGUUUUAACAGGAGAAAAACCAAGCCUGCGUUUUCUCUUCCAGCUGCACUGUGAAAGCAGCAGAGUACAGCUGACAGCUCUGCCCCACGGUCAGGUCCCAGCCCUGCCCCAGCACAGCAGCCUCCAGGGCUCAGCAGCCACAGGAGAUCCCCACGCUCCGAGCCCAGGAGGAAGGAGCAGCCCCAGGGUCAGGGCUGAGAUCCCAAAGGCCGGAGAGCCAGCAGCAGGGAGCUGACAUCACACUGAGCUCUGGAGCCACAGCCAGAGAGCGCAGCCCCCUGGGGCAGAGGGACGGACAUCACCAGUGCUGGCCAUUCCUCAGGCUGCAGAGAGAAGAGCCCAGCCUCACCUCCCUUCGAGGCAGCAGAGGAAAGGACUAAAUUCAAAUGCAAGAGACCAGGGGCAGCUGUCAACAGCCAGGGAUGCCACAGGCACAGGUCUUCCCUCCCUGCAACCCUCUCACUUAUGCAGAGGUUGCACUGCUGGGGCCUGAGCUCAGCCCUCCUCCAGGAUCCUCAACAUCACCUUCCAGCAGAACCCCAUCUCAGUGCUAGCAGGACAUCAGAACAGCACCAAGCAGCUGUUAGAUAUAAUAUUUAUUAUUAUAUACAAACACAUUUUGUACAUUAAAUAGAAUGAACUCUACUCCUCAUUCAUCAAAUGAUUUGGUUUGUUUUCCCACCUUCCCUUCCCACCCACCCGCUCCUCUUAUAAGCCUAUGGUUACUCCUUGCUCUUGCACCCUGGCACAUCCAUGCUCAGGAGCCUCGUCAUGCUGCCCAGCCCUCCCAGGAAGGCAGCUGCAGAACUGUCUGCCCUGUGCCCCAGAGCAGCACCCAGGGCUCAUCGAGCCAAAAAGAGAAAAAAAAAAAAA